AUGGCUUUCGGUGGCAACACAUCAGCUCUAGACUCGUUUCUUGCCGAGAUCAUCAACAGCGUCAGAAAUAAGAACGGGGCGCGCAUUACGGAACUCAUCCAGCUAGACUUCGACAGCCUGGCCCCAGAGCGACAAAAGGCCUACGGUGAUUUGAAUCAGCAGUUGAACCGCCAGUUCCCUCCCACCAACGAUGGCGAGCUGGUUGCGCGGUGUAAGAACGCGCUUCCGCAGGAUGAGUUCGGAACGUUCAGCACCACGUUUUCCGAGAGCAUCAUCCAAUACUUCCGGUAUUUGCGCGACUUCACUACAGCGGACAACCAGGCCAAAGCGUCCAAAAUCAGACAAUUGACGAGCCAAUGUGUGAUUGCGCUCGGGGACUCAAAAUACGGAGUGAUCAUGAUUCCCAUUGUACUGUCAUUUUCGCGGACUCUUGCCGUGGUCGCGACCAACCUGGACCGCAACCCUUCUUUGAUCCGAAGCACGAGCCUUACAGCAACGCAAGAUGCCGAUGAUGCGCCGGGGAAAGUGAGUUUUGUUGAGGAUGCGGCCAACGUGCUACGGGACGCAUUCAUCAAGUGUCUGGCGGGAAGUCCAGGUGUUCAGCGUACCACUAGGCCGUCCGCCGACGACAAGCGCAUCGGCAUCUACCUUACGGCCAACUCGUGCCUGAAACUCUUGUUACAAUGCAGGAAGCUGCGAAAUGCACAGCAGAUGUUUUCCAGUAUAGAUGCCCAGUCUCCACCGUUGUCAUAUUAUCCCGCAGCUCAGCGGGUCACCUACCUCUACUACCUGGGACGAUAUCACUUUGCAAACAACCACUUUCGGCGCACGCAGGCUGUUCUGCAAAAAGCGUAUGAGCAGUGUCAUCGUCAAGCCAUCAAACAUCGAAGAUUAAUCCUGACUUAUCUGUUGGCGGCCAACAUCUGCAUAGGCCGAUUUCCUUCGUCCGCCUUGCUUUCUCGGCCAGAAGCAUCCGACAUCGGGCAGAUGUUCCUACCUCUAUGCCGAAUCAUCCAGAGUGGUGACCUGGGACGGUUCCAUCAGUAUCUUGAUAUUGAUAGCGUGUCAGGGAAGUGGUUCUUGAAGAGAUCCGUUUUGCUUCAACUACAGGACCGUUGUGAGAUCAUCGUUUGGAGGAGUUUGGUUCGCCGGACCUUCCUGCUCAGCGGAUUUAUGGGGGAGGAGAAGAAAGUGCCUUUCCUUCGCUUACUAUAUGUUCGACAUGCCGCUUCUUGGGCUCUGAAACGGCUAAAAAGCGGCAACGGUGGAGGCGUGUCCGCGGUCAGCAUUGAAGAGGACUACGUCGAUCCCGAGUUUGCGGACAUUGAUGCGGCGAUCAACGAGACCGGGUUCGAGCCGGAAACAGGACAAUACCUUGAUGAGUACAUUGGUCAGCAUGUACCAGCCGUGGGUGAACAUGAAGAUCUGCCCACCAUGGCGGAAGUGGAAUCUGUCGUUCUGAGUUUGAUCCAGCAAGGUCUGCUGAGGGGCUUUACGCUCCACACGAACCCUCGGUUUGCGAUACCGGGAAGCCAAAAGGCCGGAGGGCCAAUGCGUGCAGGAUUCCCUUCAGUCUGGAGUGUGAUCAUGAGCAAAGCAACAGAACAGGUGGUGCCUGGCCUGGUAGAGGAGGGCAACUUGAGUUCAGAAGGAGGAAGAGUGGUUCGCAUUUUCGGAGCCAGACCGGCAGGCGCGUGA